AUGGCUACAACGACGGAAAUUAUUGGCGAUGCAAAUCAACUGUUAGCAGCGCACUCGAAUUUAAUUCAACGUCUAAGGACAACUCAACAGGCCCACCGUCGUCAACUUCACUCUCUUCAUUCACCCCCUCAUGAUCUGCUAAGGUUACCGAAUAUACCUUCACCUCAACCCUCACCUCCCCCACAUGAUCAGUCACCACCACUAUCUCCAAAACCUCAACAACAACCGAGGUCUGACCUUCCACCGGCGAAGAAGGCCCGUGUGGCCCGAUAUCGUAAUUAUGUCCCAGAAGAGGAGACCAUUCGGAAUGAUUAUUCCCAGCGUUAUGUCGACGGCGGGGAAUGGCCUCAGAAUUGGGUUCUGGGAGCUGAACCUGAACAUAGAUUCGAGGAAUAUCCAAAGCAACAGCGUCUAUUGAAUCUCAAGAAGGCGUCUGUAACAACCCACUCAUUACCGCCAACAUAUAUACCCUACUCCCAAUUAACAUCUCUUCAACCGAGUAAAUUCGAUGUUAUUCUUUUGGACCCGCCAUUUUCUUCCACCUUUACCUGGGACCAUCUUCAGGAAAUACCCAUUCCAACUCUUGCUGCGGACCCUAGUUUUGUUUUUCUUUGGGUUGGAAGUGGUGCGGGGGAAGGUCUCGAAAGGGGAAGGGAGGUUUUGGCAAAGUGGGGUUACCGACGGUGUGAGGACGUAGUUUGGGUCAAGACAAAUAAAGCGACAAAUCAUGGACCUGGAACAGACCCACCGACCACCUCAUUGCUAACGCGGACAAACCAACACUGUCUCAUUGGUAUCCGAGGCACAGUUCGUCGGUCGACCGACAGUUGGUUUGUUCACUGUAAUGUCGACACCGAUGUCAUUAUCUGGGAAGGGGACCCCACAGACCCAACGAGAAAACCUCCAGAAAUGUACACGCUCAUCGAGAAUUUUUGUCUAGGUCUUCGCCGCCUCGAAGUUUUUGGUCGUCCGUCUUCCUUACGAAGAGGAUGGGUUACCAUCCUCAGUCUAGGGCAAGAAGAAGCUCUUCACACGACAGAAGAUGGUGUAGUAUACGUCGAGGGUGAAGAAGGCGGUCGUGCUGGUGUAUGGGUUCAGGAAACGUGGGAGGAGGGGAUCAGAGAACUAUCGGGCGGAGGAAAGCCUGUUGUUCCCAUGACCGCGGAGAUAGAUGCUCUGAGACCAAAGUCUCCGUUUAGGCCUGGUCAAAACACCAACGCUGGGCCUGGUGGUGCUGGGAGUAAUCCUGGUGGUGGAGGAAUGGCAGGCGCGAAUCGAUUCGCGACAGCGAAUAAUAUGAACAACCGGAGUGGGUUCCUUAACUCGGGCGGACAAAACCAGAUGAUGGGUGGCCAAAAUCAGUUGGUGAUGGCGCCUAUGAUGGGUAUGGGCGUCCACCAGCUCGGUGGUGUGGACGACAUGAUGGGGAACUGGAAUCCCAUGAUGGGCGUUGCUGGGAUGGGUGGUCCUGGGAUGGGUGUUGGAUUGGGCAUGAACAUGAUGGGUAUGGGUGGUGGCUUUGGUCAACCAGUCUUCAACGGCGGGUGGGGCGAUCCCAGUCAGGCUGCAUAUGGCCUCGACGCCGCGUGGGACGGCGAUGGCAUGAUGGCGAUGAAUGUCCAGGGAAUGAUGAAUGGCAUGAAUCCCAUGGGCCCUAUGGGCAUGGGAUGGGGACCCUUCGACGGGUAUUGA